UGGGAUAAGUUAUUUCCUCUAGUUAGAAACUUCCUUAAAACUACACACAGAGACAUAACAAAUGUAUCUACGAGUUUGACUCUGGGGAAGUGGACAAAAAAAGCUUAAUUGCCAAAAUCCCGAUUCCCGAAGUAUUCCUUUAUUAAGGGUUCGGGUUUUGUAUAUGAACUUCUCAAACAUCCCAGAUAGCACUGACCAUAGGGGAAAGUACAGGAGCCUAAUGGUGUCUUGAACAUAGAAAGGAACGACAAGGAAGACAAUUGCCGGGUUUCAACGCAGAAUUUCAACCUUUUUCUUUGAAAUUAAAUCAUUGAAGCAAGGAAGUACCGCCUUGUGAUAGUAGGCAAAACUGAACGACUUGGCUUGUAUGUGAGGGCGAGGCUGUUCUGUCAACCAUGGCCAACAAUGUGGAGGAUAUCGAGGACAACGUGGCGACUGAGGCCCCAGUACCAACCCAGAACCAGCACCCUGAGCCUGGGGUGACGGGGGUACGGUCCAGGGGUGGAGGGGGUGGUCCAGGGGCGGAACAGAACGGACAGGCACCCCCACAACGCCCCCACCAGGUGGUUGAGAGUGAGGAAGACGAAGAUGAGGAGCUGACGCUGAAGUACGGGGCCAAACACGUCAUCAUGCUGUUCGUCCCCGUCACGCUCUGCAUGGUGGUCGUCGUGGCAACCAUCAAGUCCGUCAGCUUCUACACCCAGAACGAUGGACAGAGGCUGAUAUACACCCCGUUCCCCGAGGACACAGACACAAUAGGGCAGCGAGCCCUCAACUCAGUCCUCAACGCCACCAUCAUGAUCAGUGUCAUCAUAGUCAUGACCAUGGUGCUGGUGCUACUAUACAAGUACCGCUGCUACAGGGUGAUCCAAGGCUGGCUGUUCCUCUCCUCUCUCCUCCUUCUGUUCUUCUUCUCCUUCAUAUACCUCAAAGAAGUGUUCAAGACGUACAACGUGGCGAUGGACUGGAUCACCCUGGCUGUGAUCGUCUGGAACUUCGGGGUGGUUGGCAUGAUCUGUAUCCAUUGGAAGGGUCCUCUCCGUCUGCAGCAGGCCUACCUCAUCAUGAUCUCUGCUCUCAUGGCUCUGGUCUUCAUCAAGUACCUUCCCGAGUGGACCGCCUGGCUCAUCCUGGCUGUUAUAUCUGUGUAUGAUCUCUUGGCGGUGCUGUGCCCCAAAGGUCCUCUACGUAUCCUAGUGGAGACGGCUCAGGAGAGGAACGAACCCAUCUUCCCAGCUCUCAUCUACUCCUCGACCAUGGUGUGGCUUGUCAACAUGGCAGACACUGGCCUCGGACACAGACCAAUGACCAGGAAGAACUCAACAGAGGCCCCCAUCACUCAAGUUGAGAGUCAAUCCCUGGCUCUGGGCCCGGCCCCUCUCAGCCCCCCGGAGGAUGACGGAGGGUUCACCCCUAACUGGAUGGGGCAUCAGGAGCAUCAGCUGGGACCCCUUCAGUCUACGGACGAGACCCGACGGGAGAUCCAACAACUCCCCUCUGCCAGACCCGUAAUGGACGACGAUGAUGAGGAGAGGGGGGUGAAGCUGGGUCUAGGAGACUUCAUCUUCUACAGCAUGCUGGUGGGGAAGGCCUCCGCUGCAGCUAGUGGAGACUGGAACACUACUCUGGCCAGCUUCGUAGCCAUACUCAUCGGCCUGUGUUUAACUCUUCUUCUCCUGGCCAUCUUCAAGAAGGCCCUCCCGGCCCUCCCCAUCUCCAUCUUCUUUGGCUUGGUGUUCUACUUUGCUACAGACAACCUGGUCAGACCCUUUAUGGACCAGCUGGCUCUGCACCAGUUCUACAUUUAGCAGGAUGUUCCCCUUGCUCUCGCCACCCCCACGGGAGCUGCCAUCAUCAACACCAGGGGUGUAUUCAUUAGUGCACAACAUAGCGAAACGUUUUUGCAAUGAAAACAUGUUUAUUUUUUCCCCCCCGACCAAAUCAGGUAGGUUCCCUCCUCCUCCGUUUUCGUCCUGUUUUGUUGUGCCACAGUUCAACCUCUAACAAGGGGACCAGAGGCGUCUCCGGUCCGGUCCCCUGAAUGAAGUUGAUGGUAGUUUUUGAUCUGCCUUUUUGUUUCUGGGCGGGGCGGUGAGGCGGGGGGGG